AUGCUUUACAAGCCUUCUUGGCUCUACAUGAUUGGGAACUACGUCCUACUCGGCGACGGCCUCGCCCAAUACGCCCUAUGGCAGCUCGGUUCCCCUCCAGGCUACUCGCGCAACGACCUCGACGUCGUCGAGGAGCCUGAAUACCACGAUGGGAAAGACGGGCCUCACUGGAAGCCAACGAAGCAACUUACGCUCACCAAAAUAAACACCAACUUUCUGCCUGCGUUCAGCCUAUGGUGUGGCAGGCGCCAUACCGGGAACAAAGUCGAACGCGGCGACAUUGACGACGCAGACUACGACGCGGUCGAUGGUCAUAUCAGCCUACCGUUAUGGAGCCGCGACCUACAGCAACAACUCGCGUGA